AUGAAGCGAAUCUGUAGCUUUCUCUUACCUCUUUCUUUAUGUACUGCGCAAUGUCCUAUUAAAGUUGCAAUCCAACAUUGUCAGUCUCGCGGGUAUCGAUACGAUACAGCAUAUGUACUGUACAUAUAUAUUACUCCAGUUUUCGACAUUAACGCCAUACCUUUUCGAUGUGGUACUUAUCCAUGGCCUCCGUUGCUGUCGAAAAGGUCACCAAAUAGUCAGCACCAAUAUCCCAAUCCCGAAACUUAUUUCAGUCUUAAAGGUCCCGCACGUACCAACUUCAAUGGCUUCCUGUUGCAUGUCUUCGCUCUAAGUUCCCGACCGGCUGUUAGUAAACACUCGAGAGGAAACAAGCGCUAUCGCAACUAUCUUUUCCUGAUG